AUGGCCAGACAAGAUUGUGAAAAAUCUUUUACAAGAGUUAAGCUAUUAUUAGAACUAUUUGAUCAUAAAGAAAAAGUUAAAAUUUUAAAUGUUGAUUUGGAUAAUACACAAAUUAAUGAUUUGGGUUUGAAUAUAAAUUGUAAUGAUGAAUUUGUCAUUUCAAAUAAAUAA